AUGGGGCUGUGUAGUCUUUCCCGAGAGAAGGUGUGGAUCCUGGAGCAGCAGAACCAGGUGCUGGGGACCAAGUGGGAGCUGCUGCAGCAGCUGGACCUGAACAACUGUAAGAACAACGUGGAGCCCAUCCUCGAGGGCUGCACCAGCAACCUGCGCAAGCAGCUGCAGACGCUGUCCGGGGGCCGGAUGAGUCUGGACUCGGACCUGAGGAAUGUGCGGGAUGUGGUGGAGGACUACAAGAAGAGGUAUGAGGAAGAAAUCGACAGGCGGACAGCAGCAGAGAAUGAAUUUGUGCUUCUCAGAAAGGACAUGGUUGCAGCUUAUGCCAAUAAGGUGGAGCUGCAGUCCAAGGUGGACUCCAUGGACCAGGAGAUCAUGUUCUUCCAGUGUCUCUAUGAAGCCGUAAGGAUCGCUCAGAUCCAGUCCCACAUCAGUGACAUGUCUGUCAUCCUGUCCAUGGACAACAACCGCGACCUGAACCUGGACAGCAUCAUUGAUGAGGUUCAUGCCCAGUACAAGGAGAUCACCCUGCAGAGCAAGGCUGAGGCCAAGGCGCUAUACCAGACCAAGUUCCAGGAACAGCAGCUGGCAGCUGGCCAGCAUGGGGACGACCUCAAAAACACCAAGAAUGAGAUCUCAGAGCUCACCCGGCUCAUCCAGAGAAUCUGCUCAGAGAUUGAGAAUGUGAAGAAGCAGGCUUCCAACCUGGAGACGGCCAUCAUUGUUGCUAAGCAGCGUGGGGACAACACCCUGAAGGAUGCCUGGGCCAAGCUGGAUGAGCUCUCCAAAGACAAGCUGGCCAGGAUGAUGCACGAGUACCAGGGACUCAUGAGCCUGAAGCUAGCCCUGGACAUGGAGAUUGCCACCUACCGCAAGCUGCUGGAGAGCAAGGAGUGCCGGAUGUCAUGAGAAUUUCCCUCCCCUGUCAGCAUCUCCACCAUUAGCAGCACCAGCGUCAGCAGUGGCUAUGGCUUCUGGCCCAACUCGGUCAGCGGAGGCUAUGUGGUCAACGGCAGCAGCUGCAUCUCUGGAGUGUGCAGCAUCCGUGGCAGGGAGGGCCAGAACCAGAGCAGCACCACUGACUACAAGGAUGCCCUGGGGAAGGGCUCCAGCCCGAGUGCCCCCUCCAAGAAAGCCAGUCCAUAG